UCUUGUUUAGUACUCCUAAUUUUCCCACCCAGUAUCGUAACCCUCUACCCGUACUCUGUAGGCAUAAAAAACCACCGGCCGCGGCUGUUGUGCGCAGCUACCGCUUUUUCUCUCUCUCUCCCCCGUGGCCUCUCUCUCUCUCUCUCUCUCUCCCGUAAGCUCUCCCUCUUCCAACUUGGUUGCGGACUUACGGUGUCAACGGAAACAGGUGAGGGACAAAUUAUGCCGAUGAGGACACUUGGUAGUUUGAGUUCUGAAUUUCUUACCGUGAAGAUUCCCUGAACUCUAGGUGUUCCUCAACUCAGGGUGUCCCUUUAUUGUCUUUCUGGGGUUUGCUGAAGUGAUUCAAGCAUCAGAAUGAAGCUGAAAGUUGUUGCAAGGAAAGUCUAUGAUUAUGUUCGUUAUGAUCUGAAAGAAAUUGCAUUCCCUUCGUCUUUGCCUGAUCCACCACAUAUUAAGAAGCGUCGCAAAUUGACUUGGAAAGAGCGAUAUCUGGUGCUGAAGGAAGCGUCCAGACUUUACGCUGCUAGUUGGGUAAGAGAUAUUGGUCCUGAACUUCGGCCAAAUGAGUAUAAGAAGAAUGAGGACAGUGAAGACAAAACCAGUGGCGUAAAUGGCACAACAAAAGAUAAAGAACCCUCUACUUUGGAGGAUCUUGCGGUGGCUGCUAGAGGGGGGAUGGAGACACUAAGGCCUGUAUUGCAGCGUGUCUACAUGACACGAGCUUCGGCUUAUAGAGAUGCACUCAGGAGCUUCAUAGAAGGGUAUCAAGAAGGCAUACAACAAGUCAUGGAGAAGAAAGAAGACUCUAGCGCUCAGCAGGAAGAGGAUACCCCAAAAAAACCGACUUGAACAAGUAGUUUUGGUUUGUUUUAAUGCUACAGCUUUCUAUAAGAUGUUACUCAUGCGAUUCAUCCCCUUUGGCACUUGGCAGUUUUGUAGUUUGUGCAGACAAUGAAGUUGCUAUAAUUUAUGGGAUAUUUUUGUACAUACGAUUUCCAUUUUAAGCAAGUAUGAUCCCUUUCCUGUA